AUGUUUAUCCAUCCUAUUCAUCCGAAAAGUGCCUGUCAGAAUAUUCAACAGCUGUACUUUAAUUGGAAGUUUGAUUUCAAGACAAAUACAGAUUUUAUGCCUGGCACAUACGAAGCCAACGUGAAGCAAAUAUCCAACGAUUUUACUGAGAGUUGUGCACCUCAUUCUCACCAACAGGAAGAGAACAAAGCUCAGUCUAAACGACAGCGAAAACAGAAACAGCAAAAAAAACACCGUACGAACCACCAUCCAUGUAAGGAUCAGCCUGCCCUCACUCUCAUCGAACCACAGUAUAAGGGUUGUUCAAACGGAAGAAAAGAAAGCGAGAAAGAAAAAGACACGCGCACAAUUGCCAAAAACGAUGAGCUUGCUUCUUUUCUGAUCCAAUCUAAGCUUCUUAAGAAGUGCAAUAAAACGGUAGAUACACAGAUAACCACACACAACGACGAUACAGUCGUAGAAACAUUAGACCUAAAGAACAAAUCCACCCAGUCACCCAGACAAAAGCAGCAGCAGCGAUGCGCCACUCUUACUUCCAUGUCAGUUUAUUCCACCGUUCAAAGUAAUCAUCGUAUGACAGCAACAACAGCUACGAGUUGUCUUCCCUCUUCUUCUUCUUGGGCUGACAUUGUAAAAAAUAACCAUGACAAAAGCGCUCAGAUAGACAAUCGAAAGCAAUCCGUUUCUACUGAGGCUUCCUCCUUUUCUGAAGUACCUUCAUUAACAGAUAAUGAAAGUAUGACGGGUUCGAUGGACGAACCAUCCCCUCAAUUACUCGCUCAUGAACCACCGCUAUCGUCUUACGGCUUUUCAACUGCUGCUGCUACAACAAAGGCUAUGAACACCACUCAUAGCUCUAAGUUUUAUUCACCUUUUUCUAGUGGAUUGGAUCUCACUGCUUCUCUGGUGAGAACAGCAACAACCGUACCGUACGAGCAAAAACCUUCCUCCUCUCACUUUAGUCGAACACACAGUUACUUAAUUCGACCUACUCAAUAUAUCCCAUCAGUAAAUGAUAUCAUAGACUAUACCCCAACACCAACACCAUCGCUCUGCAGUCACCAACAAAAAUCAGUAUUGGAUUCGCUUUAUCAUCCUGCUUCUGAAUACAGCAAGAAGGACUGUUUGUUUACCCACCGUCCUUUUCAUCAAAACUUUUCUUACUCGCAACACAAAGAUAUCACUCAUCUUCAGUUGAUGCAUAAUGUAAGAAAUACACAAGAUAACGAUGACAGAGCGAAUAGAAGAGAGAUAUAA